AUGUCUUCCGAGAAAGCGAUCCUCCCCCAGUAUGAAGACCGCCAAGUCACCCUCGAACCCAUGGAGUUCGCGCCCGAAACCACCGACACCGCCAUGUGCGCCCGCUUCUCCGUCGCCUGCACUAUCCUCUCGGCGGUCCCGUGGCUCAUCAUCGGCGUCUUGGCCGAGAGCGAGCUGUACGCCGACAACGAGGAAUACAUGGGCGCCGCCCUCGUCGCCAUCCUCGCCGCCCAGCUCCUGGCGCUCAUGCUGGCCACCCUCUCCGCCCAGCUCGCCUGGCCUCAAAGGAACGUCGCCCCCGUGCACAAGGUGCCACGGAAGCCGCCGCCGCAGCCUCCUCGAUCACCACCGCCUCCGCGGCCUUAUCGGUCUUCUACUCCCCCUCCUCGUCUACCACGACUGCCGCCGCCGCGACCACUAACAAUUUUCGUCUCGGAGCCGCCUGUAUCGUCGUUCUUGCUGUCGCAAUCCAUUGUUUUGUGUGGAUUAACUGAUACAUGUCGCCAUUGGGAUGGUCAUUGCCGAUAUGCACAGCCUGACUUACAUGGUGAUGAUAAUGGUGGUGAUGUUGUGGGUAUUGCUGUUGCGGAUUCUGCUAAUGUUGAUGCUGAUGCGAUGCUGCUAUAG